ACCAAGGUCACCAAGGUCACCAAGGUCACCAAGGUCACUAAGUGACGACGUACCCUGACCGCACCUUGACUCCUCAUCACGGGUUUUACUGUCUCAUUUCGCUAUCUUUUUUUUCUUUUCUUAUUUGUUAAUGUGGACAUAUACUUACUAGCUGAGCAGCCACAUACAAACCGCCUCGUUUAAGUCGUUCGAUUUCAAGAUGGGGUCACAGGGUACUAGUGUACGAUUUCGUAAGCUUCAAAGCUUCCGAACGGAUUACGCCCAUGCAUCCAUCACCCAGUAUGAAUCAGAACGAAGUGGUAUGCAGGUCAUUGUGACCGACCGAAAGGGCCCAAAGGUCAAUGGCUACUUCACCUUGGCCACUGAAAUUUUCGAUGACUCGGGAGCCCCUCAUACUCUUGAACACCUAGUAUUCAUGGGUUCGAAGAGCUACCACUACAAGGGGCUAUUAGACAAGCUAGCCUCUAGAGCCUAUGGGGGUACUAAUGCUUGGACCAUGACAGAUCAUACGGCCUACACUCUUGAGACAGCUGGUUGGGAAGGGUUCGCCCAGAUUCUACCAGUCUAUCUUGAACACCUUAUCGUACCCACCAUAACAGAUGCAGCAUGUCUGACCGAAGUCCAUCAUAUUAAUGGCGAAGGCAACGAUGCCGGUGUCGUUUACUCAGAGAUGCAAGGUGUGCAGUAUUCAAGCGCGGAGAUUAUGGACAUUAAAGCCCGACGCCUACUUUAUCCCGAGAAUGUUGGUUUCCGAUAUGAGACAGGCGGUAUGAUGGAAAACCUACGGGUUUUGACCCCAGAGAGGAUACGCAAUUUCCAUAGAGAGAUGUAUCAGCCACGGAACAUGUGCAUUAUCAUCGUUGGCGAGGUUGACCAUGAUAAUCUUCUUACUAUACUAGGCCAAUUCGAAGAGAGUGUCAAAGACGACCUCCCCCCUCUCGACGCUCCAUUCAAACGACCAUGGAUAGAGUCUGCACAACCACCCCCUCUCGAGAAGACAAUAGUUGAAACUGUUGAGUUUCCUGAAGAGGAUGAAUCAAUAGGUGAUAUGGUUGUGGGUUUCUUUGGGCCAAGUUGCACCGAUAUUAUCCAAUCAUCUGGCCUAACUAUUCUAUUGACUUACUUAUGCGGAUCUUCCGUCGCAGUGUUGGAAAAUGUUAUGGUGGAGAAGGAAGAGCUUGCUAGCUCCAUCUCCUACUUGUGGGAUGCUCGGCCAAAUAGCGUCAUCUGGCUUCAGCCGACCGGUGUAGCUACAGAAAAGUUAGCAUUUGUUGAGCAACGGCUUAUCUCUUUACUUAAAGAGGUUGCAGCUCAGCCGCUGGAUAUGACCUACAUGAGAGAAUGUAUUCAGAGAGAACGGCGGCAAGUGAAGGCUCAAGCGGAAGAAUCUGAAUCAUUCUAUUCGACAAAUAUUAUCACAGACUACCUCUUCGGUAACCGAGACGGGUCAACUCUCAAGCAACUUGCAAGUCUCGAUGAAUAUGAUAUUCUAGAAAAGUGGACAGACGAGCAAUGGCGGGCUUUCCUCAAAAAAUGGCUUGCUGACGCUCACCAUGUCUCUAUACUUGGAAAGCCUUCUUUGCAGCUAGCUACGAAGCAGAAAGAGGAUGAAAUAGCGAGGAUCGAGAAGAGAAAACAGGAACUAGGCGCAGAAGGAUUAAAAAAGUUAGCCCAGAAGCUAGAGGAUGCUAAGAAGCAGAAUGAGGUUGAGAUUCCGGCCUCAGUACUCGAGAAGUGGCCGGUACCUCCGAUAGAAUCGAUUCACUUCAUCGAAUCUCAGACUGCACGAUCAGGCAUGGCUAGGAAACUUGGUGUCCACAAAAAUUCUGCGCAAAAGAUCAUUGACCAGGCCUCGUCUGAGUUACCCCUAUUCGUGCAAUUCGAAGAUGUUCCGACCAACUUUGUGCAUAUCUCAGUCCACGUCGGCACUUCUAAUUUACCUGCGGCUUACAAACCUUUGCUGUCACUCUUCAGCGAUAAUUUCUUCAACACUCCUAUUCGUCGAAAUGGUGAGCGCGUCCCAUUCGAGAAGGUGGUGAUGGAAUUAGAGAGAGAUACAGUUAGCUAUGCCCUGGAUUCGGGCAGUAAAUUCAGCGAUUCGGAAAGCUUCCUAAUUCGAUUCCAAGUCGAGCCGGAAAAGUAUGCUACUACUAUCGAGUGGAUCCGUACGAUGAUGUUUGACAGCAUUUUCGAUCUCACUCGUUUGAAGGCCUGUAUUGCCAAGCAGCUUGCCGAUAUCCCCGAGGCGAAACGCGAUGGUAGAGUUAUGACCAGUGAAGUAGAAAUGGCUAUUCAUAACGAGGCUUCGUCCCUACUUGUGGCGAAACGCACCCUUGUCAAGACUGUAUAUCUCCGUCGACUUAAGAAGCUCUAUGACAAGGAUCCUGAAGCGGUGAUAUCAAAGUUCGAGGAACUUAGAAAGUCUCUAUUCACUUCCGAUAACCUUCGAAUUCUGGUCAUAGCUGAUAUAUCAAACUCGAAGCUGUCUGACCCCGUUAAAGCCUGGGAUACACUCUCUAACUCACUCAACGCUCACGUAGAGUCCGUCAACCCCAUCACUAAACCUCACACUCUUCUAAAUAGCGAAGGUCGCAACCCUGGUUCUGUUGGGGCGACGAUUGUCCCUAUGAGAGCAAUUGAUAGCUCUUACUCCAUCUGCUCUAGCAAAGGCCUUACCUCAUUCUCCGACCCAGUGGUUCCUGCACUUCUAGUUGCUAUGCAAUAUCUAGAAACUGUGGAGGGUACACUAUGGAAUGCUGUUCGCGGGAACGGCUUAGCCUACGGUGCCUACUUUGCAAAGGAGCUAGACGGAGGAUACUUGCAUUUUAAAGUAUAUAGGUCCCCCUUAGCAUCAAAGGCGAUUUCUGCCGCGCGUGAUGCUAUUGCGGCGUUAGUAGAUGGCACUGUCGAGUUUGAGAAGCCUAUGAUUGAGGGUGCAAUCAGCCAGUUGGUGAUGGCCAUGGCGGAGGAACAGGCUACUUUGGCUACCGCGGGAGUACAGAAAUUCAUAGUUGGUGCUAUAAGAGGGCUUGAACCCGAUUAUAACAUCAAGAUGCUUGCGAAAGUUAGAAAGAUAUCGGUUGAAGAUAUUAAGCAGGCUAUGAAGACAUGGUUAUUACCCUUGUUUGAACCUGGGAAGAGUAAUGUGGUGGUCUGCUGCGCACAUACAAUGGUGGAGCAACUCGAGAAAGAAUUCAAAGCCAUGGGAUACAAAACCGAAGUGAAACAGUUAUCAGAUUUCCAAGGCGAUUAUGGCCUUGAAGACCCAGAUGGCGAAGAAAAUGGAGAUGAGGAAGACGAUGAGGAGGAUAUGGAAGAUGAUGAGGAGGAUACGGAAGACGAUUCCGAGGAAGAUUGUUAGACCUAUCACGCAUCCUUUCGAGUAAUACGCGUGGAAAGACUCGGUGUGUUAUCGUUCGGACCCCCGGUUUGACAGGGUUUAUACAGGAUAUAACGAGGGCUUAGAGUACGAGUUACGAGUCAUCAACCUUCUCGGGGCCUGUAAAUCCCAUGACCAA